UCCAAACACGAUGAAGCAGCAGCAGCACGACGACCUGGUGCCGCGCAAGAAGCGCAAGCUUCCCAAGCUAGAAGACGAUGGAACUACCGCAAGUGGAGAUGAGGAAAGCCAUGGAGAGGAUGAUGAGCAAUCAGAAAUCGCUUCCGCAACCCAUCAUCUCGAGGAGGACAAUGACAAGAAGCCAACCGACAAGGCUGAUGACGCUGUCGCUGCGGACAAGAAGGAGCUCCCAAAGAAAGAUACUGCGGCGACUGCACCGGUCAUACCUAUGACGGCAAUGAUGUUUCCCAUGACGAUGAUGAUGCCCAUGAUGCUGCCUUUCCCCCAAGGGUCUGGGGUUGGACUGGUCGACGAAAUCCCGAAGAAAAAGAAGCGCGGUCGGCCGUCCAAGAAGUCGCUGGCCCAGCAGUCGACGCCUUCGAUCAACUCCGCCGAUCAACCCCUAUCCAUGCCCAUGUGGCCAUUCGGUAUGCCGUUGAUGCCAAUGGGAUUCAAGUUCCCUAUGAACCCGAUCAUGGUUGCUCCACAAGUCAAGAACGGGAAAGACCACGACGGCAGCGCCACCGCUUCCGUCAUGAAGGCAGGAUCUGUGGAAGACCACUCAAGCACAGCCAACGUGUCCAGGGAAGUCUUGGUUGAUGACCUGAAGAAAAAGGUGCGAAGUACAUCUGGCAAGCCCCGUGGACGUCCGCGAACUCGGCCGCGUCCUGGGGAUGUCAUUUCCCGCCCCAAGCUCAUGAACCUGGCGCCAGCAGUCUUAUACGACCACAUCAACGGCGGCGGGCCAUUGGACAAGGACCCCAAGGAAGAAGAAGAGGACGAGGACGACGAUCCGAACAAGGGCGGCGGCAGCCAAGCGCUCCUCCCUGGCGAGCGCGUGGUCUAAGUAAAUAUGGGGAUGGCGUUGCAGUCGGGUCUGAACUCGGGAAAAAGGGGGGUGAUUUCGUUUUCCAAAAAAAUCCCAUGUGUGCAUACAAACUUUCAGUGUUUUAAAAAGCUUCUUCGUCAUAA